AGAUGGCUACCGGAAGUAGACGUCACCAGUGCCAACUGCCAGCCAACUAGGCUCGAUCGAGCUGCGUUUUCAGUGAGAGGAAAAGCAUUUUUCACUGUCUUCGACGUUCACCCUUUACUCUUUUUCACAUUGGUGUCAUUCAUUACUUAGAGCAUAGUGUAAGUAGCACCAACUCUCGUAUACAAAUAUGUUUCUGUGGGACUGGUUUUCAGGAGUUUUAAGUUAUCUCGGGCUAUGGAAGAAAAGUGGCAAACUGCUGUUUCUUGGUUUGGAUAAUGCAGGCAAAACUACAUUGUUACACAUGCUGAAAGACGAUCGCCUAGCUCAACAUGUGCCUACAUUGCAUCCAACAUCCGAAGAGCUGUCUAUCGGCAAUAUGAGGUUCACCACUUUUGAUUUAGGAGGUCACACUCAAGCACGCAGAGUAUGGAAAGAUUAUUUUCCAGCGGUAGAUGCCAUAGUAUUUCUCGUAGAUGCAAGUGAUAGAUCUAGAUUAUCGGAAUCAAGAGCAGAGCUCGACGCAUUGUUGAGCGACGAACAACUCAGUGCUUGUCCAGUUCUUGUUUUGGGUAACAAGAUUGAUAGGCCAGAUGCAGCAUCAGAAGAUGAGCUUAGAAAUUUCUUUAAUCUUUAUGGUCAAACAACGGGCAAGGCAAAAAUCGCACGUAGUGAAAUACCCGGCCGUCCAUUGGAAUUAUUUAUGUGCUCGGUGUUAAAAAAGCAAGGUUACGGCGAGGGCUUCCGUUGGCUCGCUCAGUAUAUCGACUGAAUGCACAUAAUAAUCGAAACACUCUGAUUCCUAGCAGUUUAACUCAUUUCCCUUUCCUCUGUUUCAUUGUGGAUAACGGUAUUAAAACGAUAGGACAUUAUCCUCACACGUAUUGAACAGUGGGAAAGGAAUAUGUUUAAUACUACAAACUGCAGUAACAGAUCCAAGACAGUGCACAUAAGAAAAGACGAAUAUUCUUGGAAACUUAAAGUAACGAGCAAGCGCGAUAGGACUGAUUUCUUUGAUAUGAUAAUAUCGUAUGGUGACGUACAUUCUUAUUUUACGUUUGCAAGCAAUGUUUAGUUCCAUACAAAUUUCUUCAAUUAUCAUUCUCCAAUUAAUACUAGAUCUACGGACAUGCUGAACAUCAAUCUGAACAUUUUGAUAAAUAAAAGUAAUAAAGAUUCUAA